AUGGCGGCUGCGGCGGCGCAGAGGCUCCUCGCGGCGAUCACGAAGAUCAUCGGCGUUGGGCGCAACUACAUCGCCCACGCCAAGGAGCUCGGCAACCCGCCCGUCCUGUUCCUGAAGCCGACCUCGUCGUUCCUCCACGCUGGCGUGGCCACCGCCGCCGUCGAGAUCCCGGAGCCGCUCGAGUCGCUACACCACGAGGUCGAGCUCGCCGUCGUUAUCUCCCGGCGCGGGCGCGACGUUCCUGAGGCGUCCGCCAUGGAUUUCGUCGGAGGUUAUGCACUUGCUUUGGACAUGACAGCAAGGGACCUUCAAUCUGUUGCUAAGUCUGCUGGCCUUCCAUGGACUUUGGCUAAAGGACAAGACACCUUCACUCCAAUUAGUGCAGUAGUAGAUGAUGAACUAAGACAGAAAGGAUCCACAAGGGACAUGAUAUUCAAGAUUCCUUUUCUGAUCAGCUAUAUCAGUUCCAUCAUGGCAUUAAUGGAGGGUGAUGUGAUACUAACAGGUACUCCUGAGGGUGUGGGUCCUGUCCGAGUAGGUCAGAAGAUCAAAGCUGGUAUGACUGACCUAAUUGAUGUCGAGUUUAAUGUUCAGAGGCGCAAUCGGUCAUUUUCCGCAUGA